GUAUUUCCCACAAUCCUCUCUAAAGUGACGCAGCUUCCGGGAGAAACGUCAUCGGUCAGCGACGGUGUUGUGUUUUUUUUUUCAUAUCAGUGCAGCUAAAAACACAAGAUCAAGUCAAAGUGCUGAGCUUCAGUAAUCACUAUGGGUGAAAGAAAAGGAACAAACAAGUACUACCCUCCAGAUUUUGAUCCAGCCAAGCAUGGAUCCCUCAAUGGUUACCAUAAGACUCAUGCGCUGCGGGAGAGGGCCAGGAAACUAUCCCAGGGCAUCCUUAUUAUCAGGUUUGAAAUGCCCUACAACAUCUGGUGUGAUGGCUGCAAGAAUCACAUUGGCAUGGGGGUUCGUUACAAUGCUGAGAAGAAGAAGGUGGGGAACUACUACACCACGCCAAUCUAUAGGUUUAGGAUGAAGUGCCACCUGUGUGUCAACUACAUCGAGAUGCAGACAGAUCCAGCGACUUGUGACUAUGUCAUAGUUAGUGGAGCGCGCAGGAAGGAGGAGCGUUGGGACAUGGCUGAGAACGAGCAGAUCCUGACAACAGAACGGCUGGAGAAGGAGAAGCUCGAGACAGAUGCCAUGUUCAAACUGGACCACGGUGGGAAGGACAAGGCAAAGCUUACAAAAGCCCUGCCGUCUCUCUCUGAGAUCCAGGACCACCAGGCGGGCUGGAAGGAUGAUUUUCAGCUCAACAGCUCCCUUCGGAGGAAAUUUAGAACAGAGAAAAAAGUUCUGGCCGAGCAGGAUGAGAAGGACGACGCUGUUAGGAUGAGAACAAACUUAUCAAUUCCUCUGCUGCCGGAGAAAGAGGAGGACAAAAAACUGGCAGCGCUACUAACCUACCAGACUUCUGACUCAUAUGAGGACAGACAGCACAGCAAGCGGAGGGAGAUCUCUUCUCGCUCCUGGUUCAAUUCCGCCUCAUCGCCAGCAGGAGGUGCUGCAGGCAGCCUGCUCCAGAAGCUGAGCCUGCAAGGGAAAGAAGCAGCUGUGGCCAAAGCCCUAGGAUCAUCGCACAGCCCCUUAAUCCGUAAACGAUCUGAAUCUGGGAGUAAAAUCGAAGUCUGUGCCACCAUCACCCGCAGAGUCUCACAGUCAGAAGCCGCACCGAUGGAGGAAGCCUCGCCCACAGAAACCACAUCUGGAGAAGUGACAACAGCAGAGAAGAAGGGCUGUGGUUUGCGUGAGGUCCAGACCCAAAACACGGCUGUGAGGGACUGUAUAAAAGAAAUGGAGCAGGCUUCGUGUUCCAGAGGUGUCACGUCUUUAGUGGCUGAUUACAGCGACUCAGAUUCAGACUCUACUCAGUGACGCUGAAAUUAUAAAGCUAAACGGGACCGUUUCUGUUUCCAGUCACAUGUCACUUUCCCUUGUAAAAAAAUAAUAUUCUGUUCUAGAAAGAAACAUUUUCUUUGUGUUUCUAAAGGAUUUUAGACAUUUGUCACACUAAAUAAAUAAUUAUUUCCCUAAAUGUCACCUAUGUGAUCUGGUGAUGAAACAAACUGAAAUAAAAGAGAAACAUUGU